AGAGAUGACCAGGGCGCGUAGGAUGUCGGCAAAGCUAGGGAACGUGCGGACAGACUUGUGCCACUAUCGUAUAUAAGUCGGUGACGAGAGAGGGAGGGGAGCAAAGCUGAACAUUCUUCUAAGCAUACAGUUCAGUUCGACACUAAAGGGAGAUACGAUAACCUAUUUGGCACCAAACAGGAAUUACGGUGGUUCCUCUGCAAACUGCUGUUUGGAUUGCCUACAUUGUUAACCUUGCAAAUGAGAGCCUAGUUUUGGAAGGAGAAACUCAAACAAAGUAUUUAACUUGGAGUUAUUUGAUCUUUCCUGAGGAAGUCAGGCAGUGAAACAUAAUUCAAGAUGGAGAAUAUGGAAGCUGGGAAGAAGAAGAAGGGAGUGACCUGUUACCUCCUCUACUGCAUCACUACAGCCGUCAUCGGCUCCCUGCAGUUCGGAUACAACACUGGAGUCAUCAAUGCCCCUGAGCAGAAACUGCGACGGUUCUUCCAGAAUGUGUCUAUGGAUCGUUAUGGAGACCCCUUCUCCUCUGGGACUAACACCAUGGUUUGGAGCUUCGCUGUGGCCAUCUUCAGUGUGGGGGGCAUGGUUGGGUCCUUGUCUGUGGGGGUCAUGGUGGACAGGUUUGGGAGGCGGAAGUCCAUGCUCCUGGCCAAUGUGCUGGCCCUUCUGGGUGGAACUCUGAUGGGUCUGUCCAGCCUGUGUAAGUCCUUUGAGAUGGUCAUCAUUGGCAGGCUGGUCAUUGGCGUGUUCUGUGGCCUGUGUACAGGACUGACGCCCAUGUACGUGGGAGAGCUGGCCCCCACGCACCUCAGGGGGGCCUUCGGCACCCUCCACCAGCUGGGAGUGGUCAUUGGCAUCCUGGUGGCACAGGUCUUUGGUCUGGAGUUUCUGCUGGGGUCAGACUCCCUGUGGCCCCUCCUGCUGUCCCUGACGGCCAUCCCUGCUGUGGUGCAGAGCAUCAUGUUGCCCUUCUGCCCAGAGAGCCCCCGCUACCUCCUCAUCAGCCUCAACCAGGAGGAGGAGGCUCGCAAAGCCCUGGUGCGUCUGCGUGGCUGUGAGGAUGUAAGUGAUGACAUCCAGGAGAUGAAGGAAGAAGGGAUGAAGAUGGCCAUGGAGAAGAAGGUCACUAUUCCAGAACUCUUCCGUUCGCCAGCCUACCGUCAGCCAAUCAUCAUCGCCAUCAUCCUGCAGCUCUCCCAGCAGCUCUCUGGCAUCAACGCGGUAUUCUACUAUUCAACAGGUAUAUUUGACACUGCCGGGGUGACCCAGCCCAUCUACGCUACUAUAGGAGCUGGGGUGGUCAACACUCUAUUCACAGUGGUGUCUCUCUUCCUGGUGGAGAGGGCGGGACGAAGGACCCUACACCUCAUCGGAUUGGCUGGAAUGGCUGUCAGUGCUCUGCUCAUGACCAUCUCCCUCUCAUUGGUGAAGACCAACCCGUCUCUGAGCUACAUGGCCAUCGUGGCGGUGUUUGCCUUUGUGGCCAGUUUUGAGAUGGGUCCGGGUCCUAUCCCAUGGUUCAUAGUUGCUGAGUUGUUCUCCCAGGGGCCUCGGCCUGCAGCUAUGGCCGUCGCCGGCUGCUCCAACUGGACCGCCAACUUCCUGGUCGGGCUGGGCUUCCCCAAACUGGAGGAGCUGUGUGGUCCUUACGUCUUCAUCAUCUUCAUGAUCUUCCUCAUAUUCUUCUUCGUCUUCACCUACUUCAAAGUCCCGGAGACCAAGGGGCGGACCUUUGAUGACAUUGCCAAAGGAUUCGCCGGCACUGCAGGAGCCCAAUCUCCUCCCCCAGAGGGUAUGGUCACCCUGCCCGUCUCCCCGACGACGGAGAAAGUUCCAAUGGUUGAGUUUCCGACGGAAGAGAAGUAAAAUAAGUGAUCGUCAGCGAAUCCGUAGAUAGUGGAACAGUUAGAGAACAGGGUUACAGGGUUAGACAAGCCCCUUGUGCAUAGAUACUGUAAUGUAGGGAGUAUAACUUUUUUUAUCCAUUUGAGGUUGAAUUGGACUUUUAAAGUGCAGGACUAGAGAUAUGCACUGUUAUGGAGAGGAGCUUCCAUAUGAAAUAGCAGCUUAGUGUCGGGUGUGUGUAUAGUGUGUGUUGGGAAUAGGGUUGGGGAUGAUAAUGCAGGCAUCAUGAGAGUACGUGUCAAAGAGGAUUUAUGUUUACUGUGUGUCAGUGUGUGCAUGUGUGUGUGUGCCUUCAGUCAUUUUCAUUUAAACUACCUAAAGUAUUUAUUACUGUAAGUUAUUAAUGAUAAUUUGUAAUUAGCUUUUACCAAUGCCCAAGUAAUUUAUGACAUUUAUUUUUAGCUGAUUUAACUCAUAGACGCCAAUCAUUAGUUAAUCAAUGACCAAUUACAAGUAAAAAUCUUUAUAGUAUUAGCAUUUAUAAGGAUAAACAUUCCAACAAAUAUGUUCUGUAAUAAACUUCCCAUAUUGUCCUUCACUUGGGUUCAAAUGGGAUUAGGAUUUGGGUUGAUGUGUACUGAGUUCAGUGGGUUUGGGAGGAUAGUACGGGAACCUAAACAUCCUCUCUGCCUGGUGUAUCCUAACCUAGCCUAUAUGUCUCUUUGCCUGGUGUAUCCUAACCUAGCCUAUCUGUCUCUCUGCCUGGUGUAUCCUAACCUAGCCUAUCUGUCUCUCUGCCUGGUGUAUCCUAACCUAUCCUAUCUGUCUCUCUGCCUGGUGUAGCCUAACCUAGCCUAUCUGUCUCUCUGCCUGGUGUAUCCUAACCUAGCCUAUCUGUCUCUCUGCCUGGUGUAUCCUAACCUAGCCUAUCUGUCUCUCUGCCUGGUGUAUCCUAACCUAGCCUAUCUGUCUCUCUGCCUGGUGUAUCCUAACCUAGCCUAUCUGUCUCUCUGCCUGGUGUAUCCUAACCUAGCCUAUCUGUCUCUCUGCCUGGUGUAACCUAACCUAGCUUUUACGUCUCUGGAGCCUGACCUUGAACUGCUACAGAGACUCAACAGCAAGGACGUGUCUCUCCCUGAACACUGAGCCAGCUAGAACACUGGCAUGGCUCACCCAUAUUUGUGACUUCUGUCUGCCUCAUCAGACUACAUACAGUGAGGGAAAAAAGUAUUUGAUCCCCUGCUGAUUUUGUACGUUUGCCCACUGACAAAGAAAUGAUCAGUCUAUAAUUUUAAUGGUAGGUUUAUUUGAAAAGUGAGAGACAGAAUAACAACAAACAAAUCCAGAAAAAUGCAUGUAAAAAAAAUUAUAAAUUGAUUUGCAUUUUAAUGAGGGAAAUAAGUGUUUGACCCCCUCUCAAUCAGAAAGAUUUCUGGUUCCCUGGUGUCUUAAAGGGAGUGCUCCUAAUCCCAUCUUGUUACUUGUAUAAAAGACACCUGCCCACAGAAGCAAUCAAUCAAUCAGAUUCCAAACUCUCCACCAUGGCUAAGACCAAAGAGCUCUCCGAGGAUGUCAGGGACAAGAUUGUAGACCUACACAAGGCUGGAAUGGGCUACAAGACCAUCGCCAAGCAGCUUGGUGAGAAGGCGACAAAAGUUGGUGCGAUUAUUUGUAAAUGGAAGAAACACAAAAGAACUGUCAAUCUCCCUCGGCCUGGGGCUCCAUGCAAGAUCUCACCUCGUGGAGUUGCAAUUAUCAUGAGAAUGGUGAGGAAUCAGCCCAGAACUACACGGGAGGAUCUUGUCAAUGAUCUCAAGGCAGCUGGGACCAUAGUCACCAAGAAAACAAUUGGUAACACACUACGCCGUGAAGGACUGAAAUCCUGCAGCGCCCGCAAGGUCCCCCUGCUCAAGAAAGCACAUAUACAUGCCCGUCUGAAGUUUGCCAAUGAACAUCUGAAUGAUUCAGAGGACAACUGGGUGAAAGUGUUGUGGUCAGAUGAGACCAAAAUGGAGCUCUUUGGCAUCAACUCAACUCGCUGUGUUUGGAGGAGGAGGAAUGCUGCCUAUGACCCCAAGAACACCAUCCCCACCGUCAAACAUGGAGAUGGAAACAUUAUGCUUUGGGGGUGUUUUUCUGCUAAGGAGACAGGACAACUUCACCGCAACAAAAGGGACGAUGGACGGGGCCAUGUACCGUCAAAUCUUGGGGGAGAACCUCCUUCCCUCAGCCAGGGCAUUGAAAAUGGGUCAUGGAUGGGUAUUCCAGCAUGACAAUGACCCAAAACACACGGCCAAGGCAACAAAGGAGUGGCUCAAGAAGAAGCACAUUAAGGUCCUGGAGUGGCCUAGCCAGUCUCCAAACCUUAAUCACAUAGAAAAUCUGUGGAAAUGUCAGCUUCGAAACCUUAAUGACUUGGAGAAGAUCUGCAAAUAGGAGUGGGACAAAAUCCCUCCUGAGAUGUGUGCAAACCUGGUGGCCAACUACAAGAAACAUCUGACCUCUGUGAUUGCCAACAAGGAUUUUGCCACCAAGUACUAAGUCAUGUUUUGUGGAGGGGUCAAAUACUUAUUUCCCUCAUUAAAAUGCAAAUCAAUUUAUAACAUUUUUGACAUGCGUUUUUCUGGAUUUAUUUGUUGUUAUUCUGUCUCUCACUGUUCAAAUAAACCUACCAUUAAAAUUAUAGACUGAUCAUUUCUUUGUCAGUGGGCAAACGUACAAAAUCAGCAGGGGAUCAAAUACUUUUUUCCCUCACUGUACAGUAUAUGCUUCAAAUGCCUGGCUGGCCUAUCAUAGCUAUGCUAAUAAGGAGUUCAGUAGUAAAAUUCUCCAAAUAGUACAUCAAAACAUAGAUUCCGGGUUUGGCCAGUAUGAUAGUAUAAUUCUUUGACAGCAUGAUAACAGUUACUUCAAGACAAUUAGAUUGAGAGAAUGUGUGGAGGAACUUUGAAGAAUCUCAGAUGUAGUCCAAAUCAUGUAUCAGAUAGGGGUAGAGGCAAUAUAUGGAGCAGAGCCAUUCGACCUCUAUGGAGCAAUGACAUUCAACCACUAUGGAACAAUGACAUUCAACCACUAUGGAACAAUGACAUUCAACCACCAUGGAACAAUGACAUUCAACCACUAUGGAACAAUGACAUUCAACCACUAUGGAACAAUGACAUUCAACCACUAUGGAACAAUGACAUUCAACCACUAUGGAACAAUGACAUUCAACCACUAUGGAACAAUGACAUUCAACCACUAUGGAACAAUGACAUUCAACCACUAUGGAACAAUGACAUUCAACCACUAUGGAACAAUGACAUUCAACCACUAUGGAACAAUGACAUUCAACCACUACUAGUACUUAGAAAGUCUACAUUGACCUCAGUAUGAUGUAUAGUGGCUACACAGUUUUUGGAGUGAGAUGUAACAAUCUACUAAAGACAACUGCGUGAAACAUGAGCUGUGAUUGCUUUGUGUGUAAAGACUUCUAUAUAUUCUAUAUAUCAUAGAAUUAAGCCCUACCAAAUAGAAUUUAUCAUAGACUAGAUCUAACCUUUGUAUUUUUAAUCAGACCAUUUCUAAGAGUGCAUUUCUAGUCAUUUUAACAACCUACCAAGUGUGAACUAUAUGACCACAGUAGAAGACGAUAUAUGAUUUGUUAGGAACAUAGAUUUGUUAGGAACAUCCUGAAAAUAGUUGUUCCAACAAGGUGUCUAUGUUAAAUGAGAGUAUAUACCAACACUAAAGUAAUAGUAUUUAUUGUGACAACAACAUGCUAAAAGUGUCUAAAAAUCUUGAAACUUCAGUGGUGUAAUACAAUAUUGUGAUUGUGGAGUCUUGUGUAGGUUUUGACCAGGUUAGUUGUUGUUAUGCAUGGUUGUAAGUUAUUUCUAUUACAUUGUAGCUAGUGUACAUGUGAUGUUGUUACUCAUUGAUAACUGAGCACUUUUCUACCUUUUGGCCUAAAACAACAUUUGACCUAUCAUCACUUUGGCAAUCUGGCUUUUCUUCGAUGGUUGUGAAUGUGGUGCGCAUAUAUAUACAGUAUGCUAAUAUGUGUCUGUUACAAAAUACAUUCCUGUUAUGAUAGCUUUCCUCAUAGCUUUCAUAACUCAUUUCAUCAUGUUUCUGGCACUGCUGCUUGCACUCUGCACAUACUACUGAAUGUUGCUAUGGUGAUGUACUCUACCAUUCGCUGCCAUACAUAUUGUGCUAACAUGAUGUUAAUGUGUAUAUUAUGAAUGUGGUGGUUUAAUGGGCGCUCUUGUGUAUUAAUACAUUUUUUUAGUAUGUAAAUGUUCCACUGUACAGGAGAUUUUUAUUUCUUCAAAAAUGACCUUUAUUGGCCCAAUAAUUAGUCAUUACAGAAUUUUUUUCAUUUUAACAACCUAGAAAGUUAAAGACAAGCCGCCCUCCUCGUCCACUGUACAUAAAAAAAACCUGACGCCCCACACCCCUACAAAACCCCCAGUGCGACUGAGAGAGAGAGAGCGAGAGAGCUAAACAGAUAUAGAUGAAUGAGUCAAUGACUACUGUAUAAUUAUUGUUCUAUUGUGUUGUAAUAAAGAGUCACUCAAGAUUUGAGCCCUAUAAAUUUGUUUUUGUUUUAAAGGGAAUCUGUGAAUUUUUGUGCCAUUGAAAAAUCAGAAGUCUGAUAUUCUCAGUAGGUUUUAUUUUGAGAACGUUUUGUGCUCUGUCUUUGUAAUGUUGGUCAUAAAACAACAACAUUCGGCUUUGCUGUGUCUCCUCAAAGACAUAAAUGCACUUUCCUUGUAUCUGUGUGUGUCAACCUCACUGUAUGUAUUCUGUGUGGUUUAUUCUGUGUUUCUUUCUGUGUUUAUGUAAUACUAUAUCUUGGUAACAAAUGCUGCCUGGUGGAAACUACAUUUCCCAUAAUACAACACAAAACCUCCUCUGCCUUGUAGAACUCACUGAACACUGUAACAACGUAAUGAUGUUUGACGUUUGACCUGGAAAUAAAGCCACUAGUGACCAUA